CCGAAAUGCUUUCAAGAACUCCCAUGGUAGAUACAUCAGAGCCUGUCUGGCAUCGUUUUGUAAGAUUCAUCGCAGAAGAUGGUCUACAGUACUGCGGGCAACCAGAGAAUGAUGAUCUCGACGUCGGACUCGCCAUGUUGAACAAAGUGCCUGUCAUGGUGAAUGUUCUUGAUGUGGAGUCUUCGCUCGACGGUGACGCCAGUUUCACUGGAGAGAAAAGGCAGAUUUUGGAGUUGCUGUCACCCAUCAGUACAGAAGAAGCUGGCGCAAUCCAGUGUAUUGGUCUGAAUUACACUGACCACGCUGCGGAGAUGAAGGUCGCGACACCAGAUUACCCUGAAGUCUUCCUCAAACCAGCGACCACGAUUUCCACUGCAACAGCACCGAUUGUCAUUCCCAAAACGUGUCAAAACCAAGUCGACGGAGAAGUCGAGCUCGCCAUCGUCAUUGGAAAAGACUGCAAAGACCUCACACUCGACAACGCGAUGGAGAGUGUACUCGGAUAUACUGUCGCGAAUGAUGUGACAGCUCGCAAGUUCCAAGCAAGAGGCAGCCAAUGGGGAUUCAGCAAGGGCUUUGAUACCUUUUGUCCCCUUGGUCCAGUACUUGUCAGCAAACAGUCGUUACCUGAUCCGAGUGCGCUGGAGCUGAAGACAACGCUCAACGGCAAAUUGAUGCAGAACGGACUGGCCAAGAAUAUGAUUUUCAGUAUCGAGCAGAUCUUGGUAUACCUGUCGAGUGGACACACGUUGAAGAAAGGUACAGUCAUCUUGACCGGUACGCCGAGCGGCAUUGGUGCGAGUUAUGAUCCUCCGAUAUAUCUCCAGAGGGGUGCAGACUUGAAGGUUUCCAUCAGUCACGGCUUGGGAACAUUGGUGAAUCCUGUCAUGUAGGUGUUCAGCAGGACAGAACUCCAUUGCCUUCCAGAAUCCAGAGCUAGAUUUGGUACGGUGCCUUUGGACGACUCCAAUCG